AUGACAGUCUUUCACGCGGGAGGAGGAUCAGGAGGAGGAUCGGGAGGAUCCGCAGACGAUCCGUACUUGCUCCAAUCGUUAAAAGGAGGACACCGAAACAACGCGAUAACUUCUCUCGCGUUCGCCCCGCAGAGCAAGCGGUAUAUUUUUUCCGCGAGCACGGGAGACGGGUCGAUUAUGUUUUGGCACGUCGGAGGAGAAAGAUCAGGAGGAGGAGGACAAGGAGCUUAUGCUUUAAUAAAGAAUAGGAAAAGACCGGUGCGAUUUCUCGGGCACGAGAGAGACGUGCUCGCGUUAGCGCACACGGAGAGAGAAGGCGAAGGCGGGAGAUGCGCCAGCGCGGGUUUAGAUCGAUCUAUACGGGUUUGGAAAGCGACCGCGGAAGGAAAGUCGGUGGUUUUGAGAUCGGCGCACUCGGGUGCGAUUCGUUCGUUGCAAUACAGCGAUAGCGACCGGCUUUUAUUAUCCGCCUCGGACGAUAAAUUGUGCAAACUGUGGGACGCGUCCAACCCGCUGGUUUCGCCAAAGUUCAAACUCUCUUUGAAAGGACAUUCCAAUUGGAUUCGGCAAGCGGUGAUUACGAGCGAUGGAGCGAUCGCGUGUUCGGUCUCGGACGAUAAAACGUGGCGAUUAUGGGACGUAUGCGCUGGAGGCGUUGAAAUUGAUCGAAGGAAAGGAGAGGAUCACGACGUUUCUUCUUCGACGCCGCGGUGCGUCGCUCUGAGGCCAUCGGCUGGAACUUCCAUUGCCGUCGGCGACUCUAAUGGUGGUUUAAGAGUAUACGACACGCGUUCACGACGCAAAAUAUUCGAAUCUACGAUCGAUUCGUACGUCUAUUCACAUCGAGAUGCGAUAACGGACGUGCAGUGGCACCCAGCUGGAGACUUUCUGGCGACGACCUCCGCGGACGGCUCGACGAAAAUUUGGGAUUUUCGAGACCAACGCUGCGCGUGGACGCUCAAAGCACACGAGGGUUCUGUAAAUUGCGCGGCGUUUACUGCAGAUGGAAGCACAUUUGCGUGCGGUGGUAGCGAUGGUAUCGUCACGAUUUGGAAAAGCGGGUUUAACCGCUCGUUCGAAAACGUCGUGCUCGCGGAAAAACAAACGCACGACAAAAAAUACCAAGUAGAAAACGACGAAGAACGCGAAGAGAACAAAACGUACACGAGAAAAAGACGCCCACCACCACCACCGCCGCCGACGCCUACCACCAAAAUCACCACCACCAGACCAUCUCCUUUCGAUGGGACACCUUUCACGACGACGAAGCAAAAAAUCCAACCUUCUUCUUCUUUCUCGUCGGCUUCGGAAUACGCGGAACUCGCUCAAACCUUACGACGCGCCGUCGGUCAACUCGACGUGUUGACCCAAACCUUAGCGUUAGUCGAAGCGAGAGUCACAAUGAGCGAAGAUCGCGUCCAGAAGAUUGCCAGGAGCGUUUCAUCUCUCGCGCAAAACGCGAAAAGGUAA